AUGCUUCGAACUCGCAGAUAUCGGGUCUUCCUCAUAUUCAGCGUCAUCCUUGGCCUGGCAUUUUUGCAGUUUGUACGGUCCCGCGAAUGGUCGAGCACCGAAACCGCCUCGAAUUCAAUACCCGCGCUAAAAAUCCCGCCGCCGAGCCAGAACGGCGAUUCUUCUUCCUCUCAUGGGUUCUCCCCCUCAAACAACAACUACAACAAUCCUGGCAACGACAGAAUAAAUGAUCGAAUUCAUGCCGAGAAGCCCGUUGAUUCGCCGCCGAAGCCCCCGGUCAACAAGCAACAGCCGACUAACGUCGAGACCGACUCGAUCGAGGCCGAGAUAAAGCCAUAUAAAGCCCCGGAAAAGCCAUCUCUCGGACUGGGGGCCGCCGACAGACUGGAUACUGGGAUACCAAAGAAACAGGUCUCGAUUAUCGAAGAGGACGAGAGAUUUGGUGCCAGUGGGCAGAGCCGGCUUGAAGUCAAUCUUCCUUCGAACGACUUAUCUAAGCCGCAUUGGAAAAGGCUCCCCGAACACUUUCCCGUCGCUGCUGCAGACCUCAUCAGGCUCCCAUCUGGCUCUUCAAAGACGCUACCCAAACUCCAGGCCGCAGUCAAGGACGAAUCUUCAGCCGAAUCUCUUAAACGUACUCAAAGACUCUCAGCCAUCAAAGCCGAGUUUGUGCAUGCAUGGAAAGGUUACACAAAGGAGGCUCUUGGUCAUGACGAGGUCAGACCUGUCAGCGGUGGUUUUCGAGACCCAUUCGCCGGUUGGGGUGCAACUCUUGUUGAUACUUUGGACACGCUUUGGAUUAUGGAAUUAGAAGAAGAGUUCGCUGCUGCUGUGGAGGAGGUCAAGAAGAUCGAUUUCACAACCAGUUUCAGAAAAGACAUUCCACUUUUUGAGACUGUAAUUCGGUAUCUGGGCGGUCUCCUCGGCGCAUACGAUAUUUCCGGCGGUAAAUACAAGGUUCUCUUGGAUAAGGCGGUUGAAUUGGCCGAGAUUCUGAUCGGUUCCUUUGAUACGCCGAACCGAAUGCCAGUCACUUACUACCACUGGGCACCGGACUAUGUAUCUCAGCCUCACCGCGCAGAUACCCGUGUCGUAAUGGCAGAACUCGGCUCCCUCUCGGUAGAAUUCACGCGCCUUGCUCAACUGACCAAAGAAGACAAGUACUAUGACGCGAUAGCGCGUGUUACUAACGCUCUGGAGGCUGCACAAGAUGAUACAAGGAUUCCUGGCCUAUGGCCACUGUUACUAGACGCUUCUGGUUGCAAGAAAGCCAGCAAUGUUGUUAGCAGACCCUCUUUCCCGAAUUUGGCCAAAAAGGAAGCUCCAAAUCUGCCAAAACCUACGCCCGGCGUUGUGGGCACAAUCAAAAACAUGAACAAACGCAGUUUGGGACUCGCAGCUAAUGCUGAACCUGCAAACUAUGACACAGAAACUGGCCAAGCCACGACCUCAAACCCGUUUCCCAAAAAGGAAUGUGUGCAACAAGGUCUAGCCUCUCCUCCUGGCGCGACAGCUGAUGAGUUCGGUCUUGGCGGCCAAGCAGACUCGACCUAUGAGUACUUGCCCAAGGAAUACAUGCUCCUUGGAGGGCUCAACGACCAAUACCGGACCCUCUACGAGUCUUCUAUGCAGGCCGUACGUGAAACGCUUCUAUUCCGGCCUAUGAUCGAAGAACCUAGAGACAUUCGCUUUCUGGCGAAAGUAACGGUUUCCGACGACGCUUCCAAUCCACAAAAGCAAUCUCUUAAUUACAAAUACGAAGGAACUCAUCUUACCUGCUUCGCCGGUGGUAUGUUUGCUGUCGGAGCAAAGCUAUUUGGGCUAAAGGGCGACAUGGACAUUGCAGCCAAACUGACCGACGGUUGUGUAUGGGCUUACGAAUCCACAACCACAGGCAUCAUGCCUGAAGGCUUCGAAAUAUUGUCCUGUGACGAUCCUCUUUCUUGCCCGUGGAAUGAGACCAAAUAUUUGGAUAUAAUGGACCCGAACGAAAAAGACCGAAUUAACAAAGCCGAAAAUUGGUACCAGCUACAACUGAAAGACGCGAAAGAGGCAUUUGAGAAAUCUCGGCAGGAUAAACUCAGCGUUGCUAACUCGGUUGCGACGCAGGAUACCAACACACCAGAGGUUUAUCCAUCUAAGAACGUUAAUAAGAACGUUAAGCGCGCUGGCCUCACUGAUACCAGUACGGGUGAUGAUGAACACGCAUAUGUUACGGCGACUGAAGCUAUUACGGAUAGGACAGAGCUUGGCAAACCAGCGUCAAAUGUGGAGGACUCGGGCUUUCAAGCUCCUCCCAAACCCACGGUCAUCUCACAUAAAGACUAUGUAGACCGCCGGGUCAAGGAAGAGCGAAUCCCGAAGGGUCUUACCAAAAUUCCAUCACGAAAAUACAUACUACGUCCCGAGGCCAUCGAGUCCGUCUUUAUCAUGUUCCGACUUACGGGAGAUGACUACUGGAGAGAGAAAGGCUGGAAGAUGUUUGAAGCAAUUGUUCAACACUGCCGGACUGAUAUUGCCGCCUCUGCGAUCACCGACGUUACAAGCUCAGCACCUGUUUUCAGCAACGAGAUGGAGUCCUUUUGGCUAGCAGAGACUCUAAAGUACUUUUACCUGCUAUUCAGCGACCCAAGCGUUGUCAGUUUGGAUGACUAUGUUCUAAACACUGAGGCCCACCCGUUGAAGAGACCAAUCUCUUAA